GUGACAGUGAUGUAACAGUGACAACUGUAGAGCAGUAGUUAGGUGCAAAGGUAGUGAGACUCAAAGAUUGUGACAUGGAAUGUAAGACAAGACAGGGUGAGUUUCCCCACACCAUCCAGCCUGUGUCACCCGAGCUGAAUGACCAGCUAAAGGGUGACUUCUCGGGUGAGCGCUCUGGGUUUGUCCGGGUUGGCCGAGACGGGUGGCUGCUUCCUGAGAGGUAUGAGCAACAGGCUCUAGGCUACUACACUCUGCCUCUACGACCCGACGAUGUGUGGAUACAGACCUUCCCUCGGUCAGGGACCACUUGGUGCCAGGAGAUGGUGUGGCUGAUCAACAAUGACUAUGAUUACCAAACUGCCAAAUCAAUACCACUGGACACCAGGUUUCCGUUUUUAGAGUUUGGUAUGCUCCACCAUCCACAACUCCACGAGGAAGUGUUGGCUCAAAACAACUUUCGCACCGAGGUCGCUGAGGUGUUGAAACGAUGGAGGACUCCGGGAGCUGAGCUGGCCGAACCUCUCCCCUCCCCUCGCCACUUCAAGACACAUCUACCCCUCCCCCUGCUGCCUCCCUCGCUACUGGACACGUGCAAAGUCAUCUACGUCGCUCGCAACCCUCUAGACGUCGCUGUGUCAUACUUCCAUCACAACAGAUAUCUUGCCGUCCAUGGCUACAAUGGAGAUUUCGAAAAAUAUUGGCGCUACUUCCAGAUUGACUUGUUGGUAUACUCUCCUUACUGGGAACAUGUUAAGCAGGCUUGGGCCGUAAGGAAGCAUCCUAACUUCCUUUUCCUGUUUUAUGAAGACCUUCUCAAGAACUUACCAAAAAACAUUCGCAUCAUCAGUGACUUCCUUGGCAAAACAGUGAACGAAGAACAACUGUCCAAGUUGACGAAUCAUCUGCAGAUCGACAACUUCCGUAACAAUGUCCCGCUGUAUCCGGAUGUAGAGAUUACGGGACUGACUCGAGAAGAGGAACAGGGAUUUAUCAGGAAAGGCAAACUGAAGGGGAACAAAGAAUUCACAGAAGAGUUGGAGGCAGAGGCUAACAAAUGGAUGAAAGAAAACCUCGCCGGGACUGACCUUCGGUUCCCUACUAAAUGACGAGAAAUAUAAUGUAAAAUUAUAUUAUUUAUUGCUGUUUGUGGGAAAAAAAACUUUUAUAUCAUACUCAUUCAUACAAAUUUGAAAAACCAAAAAUAAUUGAUCUGUAUAUAAAUUUUUAGUUUAAAAAUAACCUGUCUUUAAUAUAUCCAGAGUAUGUACAGAAGAUACACAGAAAUUCAUUUUGUUACUAAUA